CUGAAGAAGCUUAAACCCAAAGAAAUGGCAAACCUACACAAGCUGACAACAAGUUCCCGCAUCAAAAAAGACAGAGUUUCUGACCACAUGGCAAUCUCGGGAUUUAAAGGCACGCUGAAGCUGAAACCCUUAAAAACACCUGUCUUUUACAAGAGAGAUAAAGAUUUUCGAGGGUAUUUCUCAGGCCAUUUACAACACAGAGAAACAAAGCUGAGCCCUGCACAACUGGAAGCCUUCCGUAACGCUUACAACUUCUUCACCAAGGACAGAACCGGCUGUAUUGAUUCACACGGAUUGAUGAGCACUGUAGCAAAACUGGGAAUGAAUCUAAACGCAUACGAUAUCUACAAUGAAUUAAAAUGUGCCGAUCGUGACAGGGAUGGUAAGAUCAACUUCUCAGAUUUUAUAGAUGUGCUGACAGAUAAGAAACUCUUCCUCAAAGCUGUGGUUCCAGAAAAGAGAAUAUGCUUAGAUUUAGCUAACAAUCCAGGGAUCUUAUUGUUUGAAAUCCUAUCAAAGUUUGUAGAGAUUUCAGCCCUGCACAGAAAGGAUAUAAUAGAGUUAGUAAGCUAUUUCCGGAAAAAGUUCCAGGAAAGCAACUCAGAAAUACUGUGGAGUCCGUACGGGAGAAGGGCCUUUAAGACAGACAUAUGUCCUCCUCGCUCAAGCACUGCUGCCUUUGCCAACUCUGCCAGGAUCUCAAUAAUGAAAGAACGGGAUUUGUAUAAGUUUCUUGAAGCGCUCAAACGGUGUAACCUCCGUACAGAUAGCCCAUACUCAAAAAUACCUGUGUUUCCAUUGUUUCCUGACGUGGAUGGGGUGGUGUUGGGAAAGCCAUUCAAAGACACACAGAAACUAGAAAUGCUAAGGAAAAGGGAGCCUCUGUCUUUUUUUGAGGACUAUUUUUUCAAUAAAAGAGAUUGGAAAACACAGGCCAUGAACGUGAAACCUCUCAAGUCUGCCUCAGGUUAUUCAGAUGACAUCUUAGCCAUUGACCAGCUAUUCAAGAAGAAGCAACAUUGGACUGUGUCUGAUGCAGUCGCUCUCAAACAGCAUGUAAAGAGAGCCACGGAUACUUAUCACUUAGGCAUUGCCCUUGACCACCGGAAAGAAAUGCUGAACCUCUGGAAGAAGAUCCGAGGGGAUCUGGUUGGGCUGGAAAGCAACAAUGAGUCCUUUUACAAUACCUUCUCUACCUACACCUGGUCCUGGAACGUGUGCCAGGAGCUACUCUCCGCUAAGGACUUGCGGUUGCACGACGCUAACCUGAACAAAACCUCCCCCUCCAACUCGGGGUUAUCUUCCCCAUCUGACCUCAGUGAUUCUGACCCGGAGACGGGAAGGAAAAGGAAACGGAAAAGUUCCAGAGGGUGUCGGCAAUGA